CCGGUAAAUAAACAGGUCAAAGAAUGACAUCAUAUCUGCGACAGGAAAGUACGACUGAGGACAUGACAGCGUUUUAUUAAUGCAUGAAGGCUGCAGUGUGUGUCCGCAUUUGAAAAGAGCGGUGUGUGUGUGUGGAGGGAUUAACUGAAGGAUGUCGGCGGCAGCGCGGUUAGCUGCAGCAGGCGCUCCGGUGUCGCUGCUGUCGCGGUUCCGCGGCGCGCUGGUGGCCGCAGUGCUGGGGGAUUGUGUGGGCGGAGAGUUUGAAGGAGCCGCAGAUGUUCCACUGGACCGAGUUCUUCAGCAUCUCAGUGGACUGGAGGAUGAAACCCGGGGUGACGGCAUAUUGCAGUACAGUGAUGACACAGCCAUGAUGCGCUGUGUAUCCCAGUCUCUUCUUACCAGGAUGGGCUUUGAUGAACAAGACAUGGCUCGCAGUUUCGCAAAAGAGUAUAGCCUUGCUCCAGGCCGUGGCUACGGAUCAGGAGUCAUUCAGGUUCUCCGAAAGCUCGCGUCGCCUCAGCUCAGUGACGUCUUUCAACCAGCACGUGCUCAAUUUGGUGGACGUGGCUCAUUCGGCAAUGGAGGAGCAAUGAGAGCUGCCCCCUUUGCCCUUGCCUUCAGAAAUGCAGCUGAUGUGAGGAGGUACGCAAGGUUCGGGGCAAUGCUCACCCACUCCUGUUCUCUGGGAUAUAAUGGCGCUGUGCUACAGGCCCUCGCUGUUCACUUGUCACUUCAAGGUGAUCUGGCCUUACCACAAAACUUCAUCAGUAAACUCAUCUCUGAAAUGGAAGAAGUUGAGAAAGACGAGGCAGCCCGCAGUGAUGCCAAAGAGCUUAAUUUGGCUGAAUUUCCAUAUUGUGCACGUUUGCACAGAGUCAAGGAGCUCAUGGAGAAGAAAAGCGUAAGCAUUGAGGAGGUCAUAUCAGAACUCGGGAACGGCAUUGCAGCCCUCGAGUCUGUGCCCACAGCCAUCUUCUGUGUGCUGCACUGUUUAGAGCCUCGAGAAGGCCUGCCAGAGCAUUACGGUGGCCUGGAGAGAACAAUAGCCUACAGCUUAGCCCUGGGAGGCGACACAGACACCAUCGCAUGCAUGGCAGGUGCUAUCGCAGGUGCCCAUUACGGCUUCGGUGCCAUUCCGCAAAGUUGGCUGAAGAGUUGUGAGGGGGCAGCGGAAGCUGAGCAUCUGGCUGAGCGUCUCUACAAACUCUACAACAUCAGGCAGACAGAGGAAGUCAACGUGACUCCAAGCGACAGCAAUCGGCCACAUGACAGCCAUUCUCGUCUGAAAAAUACUGACUGAUCCAUUACACAUUUUGCUACAUAUAUACUAUAUGCAUGUAGUUUGACACACAAGCAUACAUACAUCGCCGAGGAAACACAACCUUUGUUCAGAAGAAUCUGUCGUCUUUGUUUUGCAAAAAGAUUUACAAUAAAAGAAAUAAAUCAGCCACAUAUUGUCUAUUAAACAGAGUGAAGCCAAAAGAUUUUUUUUAAGAAUAAAAAAUUUUUAAAAAGACAAA